AUGUCUCAUUACGGAAACUCUGAUGUUGCCCACUCUGAAGCCGCUUUGCAAGCUGGUCGUCCCUACGAAAAGUCUACCGAAGGCCAUAACCAAAUGUUUGACAAUGUCAAGGAAUUAGAAAAGCAUCACCGACAAGAAUUCUCUCAUGGUGCUACUAAGAAGUCUCGUGGCGAGCAAAUGGACGAGCAAUUGGCCGAAGAGGACAAAGAAACUGUUCAAAGAAUGGAGCAAGCUCAUAAGCAGAGUGAACAAGCUCAUCAACCCAAGCAUAAGCAUGAAUAA